GGCUGACACCCGCGCAGCGUACGUGCCAUGGUGGAAGUUGGAAGACGGUUCAGAGUUAGAAGACAGGGAUUGCAGUGAGCCAGCAACUCUGGAGAUGGGCAAGUCACAGCAGCAACAGCCCCAUUGCUCUUCUGUUGGUGUCUCUGAAACUGAAAGACUAUCUGAUAUGGAAGUUCUUCACAAAGUCCAAAGAGGCAAGCGGCGAUUUGAAUGCCACUUGUGCCCUCAAAGUUUCCAACGCAGUUUCUAUCUAAGUCGGCACCUGCGCACCCACACCAGGGUACGGCCACAUCGAUGCCCUUCGUGUGACAAGAGCUUCUCCGAAAGGCACCAACUUAUGUCACACCUGCGCAGUCAUACUGGAGAACGCCCAUUUCAGUGCUCCUUCUGCCCACAAAGCUUUUCGCACUCAUCCAGCUUAUCAGCUCACCUACGCAUCCAUUCAGGCCAACGACCAUACAGCUGCACUGUCUGUGCUAUGUCAUUUGUGCAGAGUGCUCACUUGAAGUGUCACAUGCAAAUACACACAGGCAAGCGACCGUACAGCUGCCCUGUCUGCUCUAAGUCAUUUGUUCGGAGAUUUAUCUUGACAGAUCACAUGAAAACACACACGGGUGAAGGACUGAGUUGCACUGUCUGCUCCAAGUCAUUUGUGCGGGAUGCUUACUUGAAGAGUCAUAUGCGAAUACACACAGGCGAGCGACCGUACAGCUGCUCUGUCUGCUCCAAGUCGUUUAUUCGGAGAUCUGGCAUGACAGAACACAUGAAAACACACAUGGGCGAAGGACUGUACAACUGCACUGUCUGCUGCAAGACAUUUGUGCAGAGCACUGACUUGACGGAACACAUGAAAACGCACACUGGGAGUGUACAGCUGCACUGUUUGCUACAAGUUGUUUGUGCGAGGGGCUUGCCUGAUAAAACAUAUGAAAAAACACACAGGUGAAUGACCUUUCAGUGCUACUGUCUGCUCGGAAGUCAUUUUUGCGAAGCACUCACUCGGCGAGUCUUGUGAAAACACAACACUGAGGAUGUUUCCUUCUUUGCAUGUGUGAAUUGUCAUUACAUUGACAGUUCAUUGCUUGACGCAGCAGGUUGCACCUAGAACUCACAUGUACUAGCUUUUUAGCUGGCAUGUGUGCUCUAGCUGCAAUGUAGCAUUUUUAGCUGGCAUGUGAAAUCAACAGAUUUGCAAACUUCAUCUAAUAAUUUGGGCAGAGGUGUUUAAAAAAAUUGGUUGCCCUACCGUGAUCUUGUUCAUAUGGUAUUCCUUCAAAAUUGUGGUGUUUGUGUGAUAAAUACGUACCUGCCAACUUUUCCAAAUUUUCUGUAAAAUGUACAAAUUUAGACCUCACUUAUAAUUUUACUCCUUUUGCCUGAAGUCUUAUGGAAAAUAUUUUAUUCCUAAUAAAAUGAAGCUGAAGAAUAUAUUAAAACAGUGUGGCCUCUGCAA